AUGGCUUCCCGAUUAGCCCUGAGCUGCUUUCUACUGGCUAGCGUUGGCGUCUGCCUGGCGACUUUUGGACAUGAACAUGUUCAUAUUCGGGUGCAUAUACCUGAAGAGCAUCACUCUUCCAAAGAAGUGGUAAUACAUGAAGACCACGGACACGGCGGCGGCGGCGGCGGCUAUGGAGGCGGUGGAGGCGGAGGCUUCGGGGGCGGACACGGAGGUGGCCAUGGGGGUGGUCACGGCGGCGGUGGCGGCGGAGGCCAUGGAGGAUCUCUUACUGACCACCUGCAUGGAGGCUUCGCCGACUACUUGAAAGGUGGUGGAGGCCACGGAGGUGGCGGCCACGGUGGUCACGGUGGAGGCUUCGGCGGUGGCUCUGGCGGAGGAUUCGGAGGUGGACAUGGCGGUGGCCACGGAGGACACGAUUUUGGAGGAGGAUACGACUUAGGUGGUCAUGGAGGCGGCGGUGACUUUGGAGGACAUGGAGGUGGUGACUUUGGUGGGCACGGCGGCGGUGAUUUCGGAGGCCACGGCGGCGGUGACUUCGGUGGACAUGGAGGUGGGGACUUCGGUGGACAUGGAGGUGGGGACUUCGGUGGGCAUGGCGGCGGAGAUUAUGGCGGACACGGCGGUGGUUUAAGCGGAGGAUUCGGCGGCGGCCAUGGAGGAGGCUUCGGAGGUGACUUAGGUGGUGGCCACGACGACCAUGGUCACGGCGGAGGACUGAGCGGUGGAUUCAGCGGCGGGUUCGGCGGUGGAUUUGGCGGUGGUCACGGAGGUGGCGGUGGACAUGAUGACCAUGGUCAUGGCGGCGGCUUUGGAGGAGGCAUCAGCGGAGGUAUAGGAGGCGGCUUCGGAGGUGGCUUCGGAGGUGGCCACGGAGGUGGUGGUGGCGGCCACGACGAACAUGAUCAUGGUGGUUCCUUCGGAGGUGGAUUUGGAGGAGGUUUCGGAGGUGGUCAUGGAGGAUCAGGCGGCGGUCAUGGCGGUGGUCAAGGAGGUGGUUUCAGUGCUAGUUUCGGAGGUUUUGGAGGCGGAAUUGGAGGAGGACACGAUGACCACGGCAGCAGCUUCUCUGGUGGACAUGAUAGUUACAGUGGAGGAGGUGGAGGUGGAUAUUCAUCUGGAGGCCACGGCAGCUCAGGUCUAGGAAGUUUCGGUGGUCACGGAGGAGGUAGCGACAGCUACAGUAUCGGUAGCCAUGGAGGCGGUGGCGGCGGAGGUGGCCAUGACAGCUACAGCAUCGGAGGUCACGGCGGCGGCGGUGGCGGCGGAGGCCAUGACAGUUACUCCAGUGUAAGCUUCGAUUCAUUCGGUGGAGGCGGCGGUCUUGGAGGUCACGGCGGUGGUGACAGCUACAGCAUCGGAGGUGGACAUGGUGGUCACGGAGGCGGAGGAGGAUUUGGAGGCGGUGACAGUUACAGUGUCGGAUUUGGAGGCCAUGGAUCUGGAGGUGACCACGGUAGUGGCGGACACGGCGGUGGCGGACACGGCGGAUUUAGCUUAGGUGACAUCGGAGGAGGCGGAGGAGGUCACGGAGGACACGGGGGUGGAGGUUUUGGUGGUGACAGUUACACAAAUGCCCUAGGAGCUGGCCACGGCGGCGGGCCCUACCACAAGCGAAAGUAA